CUGUCGGCUCUGUACAAAUGGAGAAAAAAGUGGCGAAAAACACUCUUAUUCUUAGUAUAGCGGUUUUAUUCUGCUUUAGCGCAUUCUUGGCGCUACAAAGUUUUCAAAGUACUCUUUUUCCUGGAACAGGUCCGAUUUCUUUGAGCAUAAUCUACUCUUUUGCAACCUUGUCAUCACUGUAUGCUCCUGUUGUAAUAGAGAAAGUUGGAGUGAAGUGCACAAUAGCAGUAACAACCAUAACUGAGCUAUUUUACAUAUCUACGUUUUAUUACCACCAAUUAUAUACAUUAAUACCCAGUGCCAUACUUUUAGGGUUAAGUCUGGGCCCCAUGUACUGCGCACAAAUGACUUACCUCUUGAGAAACAUAUCCAGAAUAUCUUUCGUAACACAAGCCAUGAGACACAAAAUACAACAACGCUUCUUGAGACAAUUCUCUGUUAUUACAAGGUCAAGUUAUCUAUGGGGGCAUCUAAUAGCCGCUUUUAUUAUAAGUUUUGCUGAUGAAUCUACGUUUAUUCCUGUUAUAACAAAUAGCACAGAAGUCUCAUCGGUAGUUGAAAUUUCCAAAAUGUGCACUGGAAUCUCAUCUCAAAUAGAGGAUUUUUCGUUGGAUGCAGAUAAAGCAGAACUUUUUUCUUCAGCAAACACAGUAUCUCCAAAGGUGACCGAAAUAUUUUUAUAUGUUUCUGCUUCCUGUUCAGUUAUUGGAAUUGUCUUGAUAGCUGUUUUCCUGGAGAAGCUAGAGGUCCUUCUUCAACAAGACCCUUUAGAAAGACCAUUGAUCUCUGUAACACUAAGGCAGAUUCGACUCGUUCUAAUUGAUAGGCAUGUACGACUGGUUUGGCCAAUGCUUUUUUUCAUAGGAAUCGAACAAGCUUUCAUAUUCUCUGACUUCACCCGAUCGUUCAUAAGCUGUUCGUUGGGAGUGCAGUCUGUGGCGUUUACGAUGAUGUGCCUCGGUGGAUCGAAUAUUUUAGGGUCCAUUGCUGUGUAUUUAUUCUCGGAACACAUCCAGCGCCUCACAAUCAUGGCUGCUAGUCUGGUCUGUCAAGUUGGAUUGCUGAUGGUUCUCUGGCUUUGGACACCUGCAAAAGACGAUGCUGCUGUUCUUUACGUAGUAGCCGGCGGAUGGGGAUUGUGCAAUGCAAUAUGGGAGACCUUGGCGAUGACUUACGUAGCUGCAGCUUACACUGACGACUGGCAAGUUCCAUUCUGCACUUAUUUCCAGAUGCAGUUUCUUGGUAUGGCACUCACAUUUUCCUUGAGCAACUAUAUUCAUUUGGAAACCAAGAUCUGUAUAUUGGCAGCAGCGCUGGUGAUCGCCAUUGUACCCUAUACAAUCCUGGAAUUUCGUCUCCAUCACAGAAACCAUGUGCAAAAUCGGACAGCUAUGUUGUGAAUUUAGCUAAUUUUUAUGAAAUAUUUGACACGAAUGAAAAAGUACUUCUCAGCAAAGAGAAAUAUUUUCAGAAAAAAGUACGAGCAGUAUUGUUUUUUCUCAAAUAUGAUAUGAUGUAACUCGUGUAAAAAAAAAAAAAAAAAAAAAAAAAAAAAA